ACCGUCUGCCCGUCUGACUGAACACCAUGGGUCUGGAAAAGGAGAAAUCGGACACCAGUAUAAUUAUGGACGAAGAUGAAUUCAACAGAUCGAUAGAGCCAAUUCUGUCGAAGAAGGGGAAGGUGUAUACAACGGCGCCGGACCGAGAUCCAAACGAUAUCAAUGCGCACUUGAAGUUUGGGUUCGAAGAUGUCAUCGCGGAGCCCAUCUCCACACACAGCUUCGACAGGGUGUGGAUAGGAAGCCACGCCGCGUUUGAGCUGGUCAAAUUCAUCUUUUACCGCCUGCUGACCACGCUGCUCGCUGUGCCCAUGGCUUUCAUCCUCGGACUAGUCUUUGGAGUGCUUAGUUGCAUCCACAUCUGGUUGGUCAUGCCAGUGAUCCAUAGCUUCAUGAUGCUCCUACCAACGUUCCAGAUAGUAUGGAGGAGUCUGACAGACGUGUUCGUAGUGCCGCUGUCCCAGAGCAUAGGAAAGAGCCUGUCCUCCAUUCAUGUUGAAAUCACAGGAAACUGAGGCAGACACUUCUCUGUCCCUGAGGAUUACGAAACAGACCGACUAGAAAAGAAGUGAAGGGUGAUUACUGUGGAACACAUGCGCUCUUUAUCAAAUCCUGUGCAAAGAAUUUUCAAGUUACAGCAAACUCUAGUCAUAAGGGCGUAAUGAUCGAACGUCUAAAACAGGGGUGGCCAAUUCCAGUCCUCGAGGGCCGGUGUCCUGCUUGUUUUCCAACUAUCCCUGCCUGACCUGC